AGGCGAUUCCCAUGGCGGAGCAACGCGCCUGGCUGGCGCCCGGCAGAAGUCAGUGAACGGACUCCAAGCCAGCAAUACCACCGGGCUGUUGGGAGCUUAGUUUAAUUAUGGAUCUGGAGAAAUCCUCCGUCUGGGAAUCACUGAAACAAAAAACAAAACCUUUGCUCCAAAACCUCAGCAUCAGGAGGACUAAGAAAACCUGCACGAAAAUGAUGCAGGAGAGAAAAAGGCAUCCUUACGACCGGCGUCUAAGUUCCUCGGUUCCAGACAUGUUGAAUGUUGCGAUAGCUGCCGACGAGGAGACCAGUUGCUCCCGUUCCAAAGCUUUGUCCACUUUCCUCCCGAGUGGUUUUUCUGCAACUGAGGUGUUCCUUCAGAACAGCAGCACUGCUUCUUUGAAACGGGAUGGAGAGGAUUGGCAAUGGAGUCAUCAGGAAACUGUGCACGUGGAAAUGGGGGUUAGAGGAACAGAGGAGCCUGUUGCUUCUGGGCUGAGGUCAGAGGUGAAGCAGAAGUCGGCCGAGGAUCUCUUUGAACUGCUACAAAGAAGCAGCUUCAGUAGCGAGUUUACAGAAGACACCAUGGAGCGUUCCUGUGGAAGCUCCAAUUUUGACUCUUCGUGUUCCUCUCAGAUAUUUGAAGAACCUUCAAUGCUUCAGGAAGGAAAUGAUGGUCUGAGUAAAUUGCCCAGUUCGUUCGCUUAUCUCUUAACAAUACAUCUGAAAGAAGGCAGAAAUCUGGUCAUUCGCGAUCGCUGUGGUACGAGCGAUCCUUAUGUGAAGUUUAAGGUGAAUGGGAAAACACUCUACAAAAGCAAGGUCAUCUACAAGAAUCUGAACCCCGUUUGGGAUGAGACGGUUGUGCUUCCAAUACAGGCCUUGGAUCAGAAGCUUCGCAUCAAAGUAUAUGACAGAGACCUAACCUCUUCCGAUUUCAUGGGUUCAGCUUUCGUAAUGUUGAAUGAAUUGGAACUCAACAGGACUGAUGAGAAGAUUCUUAAGCUGGAAGAUCCAAACAGCUUAGAGGACGACAUGGGUGUGAUCGUGUUGGAUUUGAGGCUUGCUGUGAAGCAGGGAGAUGUUAAAAGAAACAAGUGGACAAAUCGAAGGAAGCUAUCUACACCAAAGGCAAGCUUCAUGCGGCCGGCCCGACUGGCGGAUUCUUUACAAAAAAACCAGCUGUGGAAUGGAACCGUCACCGUUGCCUUGUUGGAAGGGAAGAAGAUCCCUGGAGGGAGCAUGACGCAAAUGUUUGUUUGGUUGAGAAUGGGAGAUCAAAAGUAUAAGAGUAAGACACUGUGUAAGAGUGCAAAUCCACAGUGGAGGGAACAGUUUGAUUUUCACUACUUCUCUGACAGGAAGGAUGUGUUGGAGAUAGAAAUCUGGGGAAAGGAUAACAAAAAGCAUGAAGAAGUUUUGGGAUUGUGUAAAGUGGAUAUCAGUGCACUGCCUGGCAAGCGAGCAAACCACUUGGAAUUGCCGCUGGAAAAACAGCCGGGGUGUCUGCUGGUGGUGAUCUCUGUUGCUCCCUGCUCAGGAGUUUCUAUCUCAGAUCUGUGCAUUUGCCCUCUGGGAGACCCCAAUGAAAGGAAGCAGAUUUCUCACCGCUAUAGUGUCUGGAACUCUUUCCAAAAUGUCAAGGAUAUUGGAUUCUUGCAAGUCAAACUUUUAAAAGCUGUUGAUCUCUUAGCAGCAGAUUUUUCAGGAAAAAGUGACCCCUUCUGUGUGCUAGAACUAGGGAAUGGGCGACUACAGAGUUACACCGUUUACAAGAACCUCAAUCCAGAGUGGAACCAGGUCUUCACUUUCCCUGUUAAAGACAUCCACGAUGUUCUAGAAGUAACAGUGUUUGAUGAAGACGGAGACAAGCCGCCGGACUUCCUAGGAAAAGUUGCCAUUCCUUUGCUGUCUAUAAGAAAUGGACAGCAAAGCUGCUAUGUUUUGAAGAAUAAAGACUUGGAACUUCCUUCGAAAGGACUGAUCCACAUGGAACUCGAUGUCUUAUUUAAUCCUGUGAAAGCCAGUAUCAGAACCUUUACUCCACGUGAGAGGCGGUUUCUGGAAGACAACCGCAAGUUUUCAAAGAAGAUCUUAUCGAGAAACGUAGAACGGGUGAAAAAAAUCACCAUGGCAAUAUGGAACACGAUACAGUUUCUCCGAAGCUGCUUUCUCUGGGAGUCUCCAGUCAGGAGCGUAAUCGCAUUUGUGGUAUUUGUGGUCACGGUUUGGCAUUUUGAGUUGUACAUGGUGCCCUUGGCUUUGUUGCUGCUGUUUGCUUACAAUUUCUCUCUGAUUACACCCGAGAAAGUCACCAAUACCCAAGACCCUCAGGACUGCUUGGAUGUAGAAGAAGAUGAGGACGACGAUGACAAGGAAUCUGAAAAAAAGGGCUUAAUAGAAAGAAUUCACAUGGUCCAGGACAUUGUUGUAACAGUCCAAAACCUCUUGGAAGAAAUUGCAUCUUUUGCAGAAAGGAUAAAAAAUACAUUCAAUUGGACUGUCCCUUUCCUAUCUGGCCUCGCUUGCUUAGUCUUUGCAGUGGCGACAAUUGUGCUGUACUACAUACCGCUGCGGUACAUCAUAUUACUCUGGGGCAUAAAUAAAUUUACAAAGAAGCUUAGAAACCCCUACGCCAUUGAGAAUAAUGAGUUACUCGAUUUCCUCUCCAGGGUGCCAUCUGAUGUUCAAAGGGUGCAACAUGCUGAAUUGAAACCAUACAGCAGUUCUAGCCCCAUUAGGAAGAAACGGAGCGCCCUGUAGGGUGCCGAGUAUGGAAUGUGGCACCCCCUCCACCCGGACACCCUCACACACAUGGCUCCCCCCCCACCCCUGAUCAGAUCAGUGCUUUGACCGAGGCCAGUUUAAGAAGGAACCUAUCCUGGCUCUUCCUCCCAACAGCUCCCGUAAGAAUGGAGUUGGAACAGCAGAAGGCCAAAUGGUUUCAGGCGUGGAUUUUGGAUCGCGGACGUUUGGAUUGAGCAACAGCAAUUUUUCAACAAAAGAGUGAUAUUCUCAACGUUUAAAAAAAUUCCAAGAGAUGGGAGUGUCUUCACUUAGCCACGUUACCAAGUAUCGCUGAUUUAAUUUUAAGUUCAAAUUUAAAAGACUCUGAUGCCCUUCCUCCACUUUAUAUUUUUAAUUUUUUUAAAAAAAAAAAAUCAUAAUGGCGAGGAAUUGCUUAUCUAUUCAGACAUUCUCACUUUUUCAUCCAGCAAUUGCUGCUGAUAUAUUCAUUGGAAACUGCCAUUAACUGUUAAAAUCCAGUUGCUGGACUUAAUUAGAAGUUCGUUGCAGGCAACGGACGUCCCCAAGCUGCCACCGAAUGGGAGUCCCAGUGUCGGUUGUCUCCCAACGAUCCUACAGAUGCUCUACUUCCAAUUUGCCUUCAAAUCUUCCUUCUUGUCAGACUCCUAUCAACCUUUCUUUUUUCCCGACAAUCCAAAGAGAUGCCAACACUACAUAUACAAAAUACUUUUAUAAUCUUAGAGACAGAAUUGCAACGGUUAAAAGGACAUGUGUGAAAAAAAAUAUAAGAAAAAAAUUAGUGGUGAUUUUUUUUUAUACUUCUUCAAGCAAUAUGUAAGUAACUUGUGGAACUCACUGCCACAAGAUAUAGUGGUGGCUGCUAACUUUGAAAGGGAAUUUCGCAAAGUCAUGGAAGACAGGUCCACCGAUCGCUGUUAGAUAUGAUGGUUAAAAGAAACCUCUAUGUUCAGAGUAAGAUGGGUUGGGACAGCCAUGGCAGGGGGAGGCUUGGGCUCCUAUGCCCUGCUUAUGAGCCUUCCACAGUAUCUGGCUGGCCACUGCAGGAAAAAGGAUGCUGGGCUAGGUGGACUAUUUGUCUGACCCAGCAGGGCUCUUCUAAUGUCCAUCUGUCAGAAUACCUUGUUUAACAUGACUGGUGCAAUUCAGGGCAGGUCCUAUUCUACUACUACUUUGCACAUCUUAAUAAUUUGGUGGCUUUUCAACUUUGCUCUGUUAGCUAGCAGUGUCUUAAGCAGUUAUUCCUGUUAGCUGGUAUGAAACCCUUUGGAGGCUGGACCUACAAGUGUGAGUAAAAAAAAACAACACCUCCCACAAUGAUACUUUUUUAAUGCUGCAUUGCUUGGCCUGGAGGCACGGUUGUCCUGUGAGUAUGACCAGUUUUGGUAUUCCAUUCCUAGAUAAGGUGUUGUGUGGGAUAUGCACCAUUUAUGAAAAUCCAAACAGGAGGAGACAACCAUUAUCUUGUGCGCUACCUGGAAGCCUCUGGCUGACCUAUCUCAGAAACAGAGAGCUGGACUCUUCCUUGAUCUAAUCCUACAAAGCAAUUGUGUUCUUCAGCUUCCAUGAAGCAGCAAAGUGGAGACAUCAGGAUUUGAGUCCAGUGGCACCUUAGAAGAUCAACAAGAUUUUCAGAUUUUCAGAUUCCAAAAGGAAGUGCUGACUCUCAAAAGCUUACACUCUGAAACUCUUGUUAGUCUCUAAGGUGCCGCUGGAAUCAAAUCCUACUGCAGACCAACACAGCUGCCCACCUAAAACUAUCCAAACUGGAGACAUUUUCCAUCAAAAUCAAAUAUGAGGACGACCUUGGAAGGUGGUUGUUGGAUGCACGUGGCUGCAGGUCCUCGCAUUAUCCUCUCCACGCAGGUCAGAUUUGAGUUUGAUGGAGCUGAAGGACCAGCAGGUCUUAAAACAACAAGCACCAAGUCCCAACCUCAGAACAGACUUGCCUCCACUGGGCUGAUCCUGGCCCUCCAUAAUCUCCUGGUCUUCCUUUGCUUACCUAUAAUAACUAUGCUGCAUUUCGAUGAAACGUCACUUGGAAAUUCCUAGAGAACUCCUCCGUUUAAGUACCCGCUUACUUUCUGUAAGGUCAUGAUGUAUUUAACCCUUAAGCAUAACUUGUAGAUGUGAUUUUACGGGAGACUGGAUUUUAUAAAGAGGACCCUUUGAUGACUCAAUAAAGACAGAGUGUAUUUUAUUUUAAA